CGUGAAAUUCAGUACUGAAAUUGAAGCGCUAGAAAGAGGAACUGUUUAUUGUUUUUCAUUAUUUUAGUAGUAUUCGAUUUAGUUCAAGUACAAAAGACGCUUUUUUUCUUUCAUUAUUGCAAUGGAAUGGUUAUCGCUUCACUUUUUCGGUUUUCUUCUGGGCUUAGCCGUUAUUUACUUACUAGGCCAUUGUUAUUGGCUCAAGUCUCAAGAGCCGCCCGGUCCUCGGGGGCUACCGAUAGUAGGCUACUUGCCGUUCAUUGAUUUUAAGGCUCCUUAUAAAACUUUACAACGUUUGUCCUUUACGUAUGGUCCAAUUUAUUCAUUGAAAAUGGGUAAUAUUAAUACAAUUGUUCUGACCGACGCUAGCCUUGUAAGAGAUGUCCUAAGACGUGAAGAAUUUACAGCUCGUGCUCCUCUUUACGUAACGCAUGGCAUAAUGGGUGGCUACGGUUUAAUUGGUGCUGAGGGUACACUUUGGAAAGAUCAAAGGCGUCAUUCUAUUGAAUGGUUGAAAAAUUUAGGAAUGUCUAAGAAAUUUAACGAAAUUCGUUAUAAGCUUGAAUCACGUAUACGUAAAGGUAUCGAAGAAUGCGUGCAGUGGCUUAGCGAGGAUUCCAUGCAGCUGUCAGAAGUAAAUCCUUCACCCGCCUUAGAGCAUACCGUCGGCAAUAUUAUAAAUGAUUUAGUAUUUGGUCUAACAUAUGCACGCGAUGAUGUUACUUGGCAAUAUUUGCAACACUUACAAGAAGAAGGCGUUCGAUUGAUUGGUAUCUCAGGUGCAGCGAAUUUUUUACCAUUUUUGAGAUUUCUCCCGUCUAAUCAAAAAAACCUAAAAUUUUUACUUAAUGGCAAAGAUGAAACGCAUAAAAUCUAUGAUAACAUUAUUGAAAAAUGUGAACAUAAAUUAAAAAAACUUAAGGCUUCUAAGAAUGAUUUGAGAACUAGAGAGAGUGGACAAAAUACUUGCAUUCUAGAAUGUUUUCUGGAGAAAAGACAAAGUUUACUGGAAUCCGAAAAUCUCGAAGAUAGAGAAAGAGCCGCCGAAUUGUAUGUACCGCAGCAACUGCGUCAUUUAUUAGCCGAUUUGUUUGGCGCGGGCGUCGACACCAGUCUAACGGCUUUAAGAUGGUUUUUUCUCUAUAUGGCGAAAGAACAGGAUAUACAAAAUAAACUGAGAAAGCAACUAAUGAAAUUGGAUAAAAGCCACAUGACACUUAAUGACUUGGAGGACAUUGAUUACUUAAAAGCUUGCAUAGCUGAGGUGUUACGCAUUCGCUCGGUUGUACCUUUGGGCAUACCGCAUGGAGCGGCCAAAAAUGCUUAUAUAAAAGGUUAUAGAAUUCCAAAGAAUAGCAUGAUUUUACCUCUACAGUGGGCAAUUCAUAUGGAUGCUGAUCGUUGGCCUUAUCCGGAACAAUACAAACCAGAGCGUUUUCUAAACGCUGAGGGCCGUUACAAGCAACCCCAAUAUUUUAUACCAUUUCAAACUGGUAAGCGAAUGUGUUUAGGUGAGGAAUUAGCUCGCAUGCUGUUGUUGCUGUAUACUGGUGUUAUAUUAAGAAAUUUCAAAAUCCAGUUAAAUGAAGACACCGACCAAAAUUUAGAUAUGCAGGGGAUAUGUGGUUUUACUUUAACACCUCCAACGUAUAAGGUGAAAAUGAAUAAAAUUUAAUAAUAACUUUAAAAUUUCAAAAAACAUUUUCUGUUUUUAUAAACAUUUUUCAUUCAAAUUUGCGUAUGCCUUUUUUUUCUAUAUUUUUUGCUUUAUAUUUAUAUGUAUACUUGUGUGUGUAUACUUGUGUCUAUAUUCAAUUUCUUAACUUUCUAAGCAAAUUAAUUACUAUUUAACAAACAACGAAACAUAACUUAAUUUUACUUUUACCUACAGUAAUACAUAUAUAUUCAAGAGAUGAAUUAUUAUAUGAGUUAUAUGAAUUGUAAACUUUUAUACAAAAGUGUAAGUGUAAUUACUUAGUUUCUUUUAUCUCUUUUUUUUUUUUUUUUUUUUUGGAUGUUUGGCACUUUGGAUUUAUAAUGUUUUUUUAUGGUUUCAAUCUUAAUAAAAUAUCUUGAUUCUAACAGUAACUGUAAAUAAA